CAUGAUUAGGUAAUUAUAGGGUUCAGAGGUCAUGAAAUAAACAAAGAAAGAGUUCAAGUUCGAUCCAGUUAGCAGAUGGAAAAUUUCGCUUUUUUAGCCAUUCUGGCAAUCACCAUUCUAUCAGUGGAGGCAUUCUACCUGCCUUUAUUACGUCCAACCAACUUUUGUAAGGAGGAAAUAAAGAAAAGAGAUAAAAAUGCUGAUUGCAAGGCUAACGUGUUUGUCCAUGUCAACAAGCUGGAUUCCCUUGAGACCGUUGUACCCUAUGAUUACACAAAGUUUGAUUUCUGCCAAGUGGAGGACGCCAUUGAGGAGGGUAAGAUAGUCAGGGACAGUGACCCAGUCGAGAACUUCGGUCAAGUGCUCCUUGGAGAAAGACUAAGAGCAUCCGCGUACAAUCUAUCCUUUGCUAGGAAUGAGAGUAAGCCGCAGGUACUCUGCACCAAGACCUACACUCAGAACAAGGAGAGCAAGGAAAAACUAAAGUUCUUACGUGAACGAAUCCAUGAGUCGUACAUGCAUCAGUGGGUCAUCGACAACAUGCCUGUGACAUGGUGCUACUCUGUGAUGGAGAGUAAUAAACCAUUCUGCACAACUCAUUUCCCCGUUGGCUGCUUUGUGACAAAGGAAGGGAUCCGCCAUGACGCCUGCUACCUCUCUGACUUAAUGAAUAAGAAUGGAGCUACCUACCUGUUCAACCGGGUCAGCCUUCAAAUCUUCUACCACAAGGGCACUAACGAACUGGACGGCCGCAUCUUGAGAGCUAUGAUCCAAUUAAAAAGUUGUGAGAAGUCUGACUGUGCAAAACCUCUCAGCCUCCCUAAAGAUAUGAAAGCUUACACUGAUCAGAAACCAUUCAGCGUCACCUACACUUAUACUGUAGAGUUCAUAGAGAACCAGAACAUUCGUUGGGCCUCUCGUUGGGACUACAUCUUGACGUCAGCCUCCCAGAACAAAGUUCAGUGGCUCAGUCUAAUUACCUCUGUACUCAUCACCCUCUUCCUAUCAGCCAUGGUGGGCAUGAUCCUACUACGCUCACUGCACAGGGACAUUACACGAUACAACAAGGCAGAGUCCACCGAUGAUGUGCAGGAGAAUUUUGGUUGGAAGCUGGUUCAUGGUGAUGUGUUCCGUCCUCCCACAGCCAUUAUGCUCCUCUCAGUACUUUCAGGCACAGGUCUGCAGCUGCUUAUGAUGGUCUUUGUGACUCUGGUCUUUGCCUGCCUUGGGUUUCUCUCUCUACCUAAUAGAGGGGCUCUUGUCAAAGCCAUUGUGGUGUUCUAUGUGUUCCUGGGCUGGGUGUCUGGCUACUUCUCUGCUAGGCUUUAUAAGAUGAUGGGAGGUCUUCGCUGGAAAAGCAAUGUGCUCAGGACAGUGUUCUUUAUACCCGGCUGUGCGUUUAGUGUCUUCUUCUUCCUCAACAUUCUGCUGUGGAGUUCUGGCUCUUCUGCUGCGAUACCCUUCACCACCUUCAUUAAACUUCUGGCUCUCUUCUUUGGCAUCUCAACACCCCUCACCGUUCUUGGGUCUUACCUCGGAUUCAGGAAGAUUGUGAUUGAGCAACCAAUGGCAACCAAUCAGAUUCCUCGUGAGAUCCCUGAUCAGAGCUGGCUGUCUCGUCCAGUGCCCUCCUCUCUGGGGGGCAUCCUCCCCUUUGGCUGCAUUGUCAUUCAACUCUUCUUCAUCCUCAACAGUAUCUGGUCUGGGUCGAUGUACUCCAUGUUUGGGUUCAUCAUGUUGGCCUACAUCAUCCUCAUCGUGGUGUGUGCUCAGACCUCCAUCCUCCUCUGCUAUUUCCACCUCUGCUCAGAGGACUAUCGUUGGUGGUGGCAUUCCUUCUUCUCCACAGGGACCACUUCUCUCUACGUACUCUUGUUUGCUGUGUACUUCUUUAUGUACGAGACCACUAUCACUGGGACCUUGUCCUGCAUACUCUACUUUGGUUACACACUCCUCAUUGUGUUCUUUUUCUUCAUUAUAACAGGAACUGUUGGGUUCAUAUCUAGCUUGUUGUUUGUUCGAAAGAUAUACUCCAAACUAGCACUUGAGGAUGUCCUCGUGGAGAAGAGUGAUUUUUGCAGUGAAGUGCAAGCAAGGAUUAGGAACUGAAGUGUCCCCAGAUAUACUUUUGUGCAGGCCCUGCCUUCUCUAUUUAUAUAUGCUGACUCAUUUCCUACACAAGCUGCCGAUCCCUCGUCUCAGCAAGAACUCUAGAAAGUCCUUGUGUCAGAGAACAACCUUUUAUUUUUCUAUGCUUUUGAACGAGUUGCUGGCCAAUUAUAAAAUUCACGGCCAAGCCAACUUAAUUGAUUCAAUAGACUAACAGGAGACGCUCAA